AUGUCUCGCCCUCGUCACGCCGACGAUAUUCUCAACAUCAAUGUUGGCGGUAAAAAAUACACAGUUCGUCGAACUGACAUGUUAGCCGAUCCUCGAUCAAAACUCGCUGAAUGGUUCAAACCCGGAACUCUUAAACCAAUUGCAACCGAUAAGGUAAGUACAGGAAGGAAAUAUCAGGAAAAAGAAAACAAUAAUUGUGCAUUUUGUUUGCAGGGAGGAAACUAUUAUCUGGAUCGCGAUGCAAAAUGUUUCCGCCAUAUUUUGGCAUAUUUACGAUUGAAGAAAGAAAAGUUUGUUCCAUCUUUGGCACUUCCCAGCAAACCAGAUGAUUUGGCAAAGUAAGCUAACAUUUUUAAGAUCAGAUUUCGAAUUUCUAACUUAAAAAUUAAGGUUGGUUGGUGAAUGUGAAGCAUUGAAUUUGGCGGAACUCAAAGAGCUUGCUCUAGAUCUUCUCAACAAAUAUCAAAGAACUGAAGAACAACAUUAUGUUACAUCAUAUGUUCAAGUAACUCUUCGAGAUUUUGAGAGUUGGCAAUUCGAACGUGAGCAAAAUCAAAUUGCGUUGAAGAAAAAACCAACAACUGAAGAGGAUUAUCAACCAAAUUCAGCUUACGAUGAGUGGGAUAAUUUGUAA